AUGGAAGAAAAACAACAUGAUGCUGGUAUUACUAGCAGACCAGUACCAAUAGAGACACCAACAAUUGCCGUGCGGCUUCCGCCGUUCUGGGCCGAAAGACCAGCAGUUUGGUUCGCUCAAGCCGAAGCACAGUUCACUUUGGCCGGUAUCAGUAGCGAGCAGACGAUGUUCUGCUACGUGAUCUCGCAGUUGGACAAACGUUACGCAUCGGAAGUAGAGGACAUUAUCACCUCUCCAACCAAACGAGGCCCCUACAUCCUACUGAGGACCGAGCUUGUGAGGAGGCUAUCCCCAUUACCAGAGCAGCGCAUCCGGCAACUCCUCACGGUUGAGGAAUUUGGCGAACGUAAGCCGUCCCAUUUCCUGAGUUACCUCAAAAGUCUCGCACCAGAGGUGCCUGAUAACGUCAUCAGAAGCGUCUGGACCAGCCGGCUACCCCGCAACGUCCAGAGCUUCCUCGCCGGCCAGAACGAGAUCAACUUGGAGGCCGCAGACCUCUGUGCAGACCGCAUUUUCGAGGUCGAAUUUGGCCAACGCUCGCUAGCGUUAAUGAACCCACGGACAUUUGCGAACUUCGGCAGGAGAUCGCUGAACUCUCGCGCCAAGUGGCUGCACUCAGGACCGAACAGGACCGCGUCCACCCCCACUUCAGGGAGUCCGACAACAAACCGAGAAACAGAGGCUCCCGUCGAAAAUGUUCCCGCCCCGCCUUCAUUUUCCGACGGCCCGGCCGCUUCGGCCCUCGGGCACAAAACUGUAUUCCGCCCUGCAGGGAAACUGACGCAGCGGACAUCAUCGGCGGCCGAUGUCUAUGCUACGAUAACAGGCCGCCUCUUCAUAAAGGACAGAGUCAGCAAACGGCAGUUCCUAGUCGACACGGGUACGGACCUCUGUGUAUACCCCCCAGGCUCGUCCAUCGACUCAUGGAGCGUAACAACUAUGACCUGUGCGCGGUUAAUGGCACUACCAUCCACACAUACGGCUGGCUGCCUCUCAGCCUCGACUUGGGCCUACGCCGAGAAUUCACGUGGCGCUUCGUGGUGGCCGAUGUCCCGCAUCCUAUCAUCGGCGUGGGUUUCCUGUCACAUUUCGGUCUUCUGUUGGACUGUUGGAACAACCACAAUCUAG